AUGACUCUCACCAAGAAGGAGAAAGAGAGGUUGAAGUACUUGGAAUUUGUGCAAGUUGCUGUGGAAGCACUUUGCUCUCAUUUACGUAAAGGCAAACGACAAGUCUGGUCCAUUGAAGGAGCUAUCAAGACUGUGGUCGGUCCCGUGUACCAGAAAUACCACGACGUCCUCGAGGUCCUCAAAAACAUGGACCAGAAGGUUGACAUGUAUGUGAUCGAGCUUGACCACCGUUUCCCACCAAUAGUCAAACAAUUAACACCCAUUGUGGCUUGUGCUUUCGCCUUUUUGGCUCGAUGUGCUGGCAGUGUGGAAACAGCCUCCGGGAUAGCUAAAUCCGUUUACUCCAAGUACGAGCCUGCCGCUAAAGAGUUGUACGCAAGCUAUAAGAGCAAAAUCAGAGCAAUGUGA